UUUGAAGUGUUAACUUUUUGACUUUAUUUUUGAAACCUUUAGAAGAUUUGGGUGGCUCCUCAGUGCAUGAAGAAGUCGAUGGGGAACCAAAACAUGGUGCUGGGUUGCCCAAUUCACCAUCUUCUUCAGGUGGGUUCUGUCAGUUUUCUUCAAAAGGACUAUGUAGAGAAGGCAUGAGUGGUCUACAUUUUUUUGGUGGAAAUAUGGAAUCUAUGCCAGACAUAUUAUGUUGUUUGCCCCCAGAAUUUGUUUACAGAUUGUAGGGUGUGGCUGUGGUCUUGGGAACAUUCAUACAGAACUGAUCGGGGCCCUACCAAUGUGAUAUUUUGAAUGAGUCCCAAUCUGUUAUGCUCUAUUUCGCUGCAUCAAAGCGUUUUGCAGAUUUCUUCUGGAAAAUUUUAUCUCUCGGUCAACAACCGCCAAACCCUUUGCUGUUACUUGGCCAGUACAGUGAUGAUGAAUUGGAUGAUGAGUCAGAUAAAAGACUAGAACAUGGCACUUUAGAUGGUUCCUUAUCUGACCAUGAUGACCAGGCUAAGGGACCUCUCAGUGAGACCUGCAAAGAUGCAGAAGUUGAUGCAGGAGUUCGUGAUACUCUGAAGGUUAAUCAACAGAACACAGAGAGAGAUUCUACUCCAAAUGCUAUCCAGAACUUGGUAGGUGUUGAUAAUAGAGAAGGAGAUAAUGAUGAUGCUAGUGAAUCAGUCAAGAAGAACGAUUCUACAGAACAAAUAUCUGUUGCUGGAACUUCUGAAGUACAGGUCAUUGGAGAUGUGGGUUCAGGCUGGAGGAUUGUAAUGCAUGAAGAGAGUAAUCAGUAUUACUACUGGAAUGUUGAAACUGGUGAAACUUCAUGGGAGGUGCCUAAUGUUUUGGCCCCGAUAAACCUAUCAACUUCUGGCCAGAUGGCUCUUACUGUUGAAAAUAUGGAGACUGCUCAAGUGGGUACGCAAGAUUGCAAAUCAACACUAAGUGCCCAACCAACUGGUGGAAAUUUGAUUCCUCAAAAUAAUGAGCCGCGGUUAGAUGAGCAGGAUGGAGGAUGUAAAAGUGAAGCUCUGAAAGAUAACAAUUGGACCUCUGAUGUCAAUAGAAGUGAAUUUCAAAGUAGCUCAGAUGCUGUUGAUACUCAUUUGACUGAUGGGAGUUUAAGUGGCUCUGGGAACUAUGUACAAAAUUUGUUAGCUAAUGUUGAAAAUAAAUCAGGAAUCGAUCUCUCUACUCAUCUUUUGAAACAGGGGGAGUGUUUGCUAGAGAGAAUGAAGUCACUAAAAGUGUCUGAAGACGACCUGCAAGGUCAGGGCUGGAUGUCUAAUUGUAUUUUAGAAGUUGAGAUUAGACUUUCUGAUAUCAAGUCAUUGCUUUCAUAUGGAUCAUCUUUAUCACCGUUUUGGGCACACUGUGAAAGGAAGCUAAAACAGCUUGAGGGUAUUAUUAAUGAUAAAAUUUACCAGCUUGCAAAAUCAGCCAUUAUGGAAGAGGGUGAAGAAACUCCUGCCUCUUUUGGAGAAAAGCUUAAGUCAGAGGAAAGUACGCACAAUGAAGUUGAAGCAGAUGGAAAUGGUUACAGUCCAGUUUCUUCCACACCUGACAUUUCUCAUGUUUCUACUGAUGUUGACACAUUGACAGUAGUCAAUAGUGAUUCAAAAAAUCAAGUUCCCUCCAGCAAUGCUGCAUGUAUGGUAAAGGUUCCUUCUUUUGGAUCACCUACUGAACAUUGUGAAAGUCAAGCCCAAAUAGGUCAACUGGUCAAUGAAGAUACUCUUUCUGGUGAAGCUAAUUCUAAGACUGGAGGGCUUGGUGGAGAGGAUGUUGACAUGGAUGUGGACAUGGAAGUUGAAGAGGCAAUCCCAGCAAGCACCAUGUCCCUCAGAGAUGUAUCCCCCACCACCCUGGAGCAACUAAAUCCACCUGCUGAUUACUCAGCUGUUCCUCCACCUCCAGAUGAGGAGUGGAUUCCUCCACCUCCUCCUGAUAAUGAACAAGUUCCACCACCUCCUCCUGAUAAUGAACAGGUUCCUCCACCACCACCUGAUGAGCCUCCUGAACAUUCAUAUCCUCCUCCCCCAUCUUAUGCGGAGUCUGUGCCUCUCACUUAUGCAGAACAAUACAACCUAACCUAUUCUGAUUCCAGUUAUCAGUAUUAUGGACAUGCAGUUAGUGAAGUCCCAAUCGGUAGUUUCUAUGGGCAUGCUGAUGGAAGUCAAGUUGCUGCACCCCAAGCCUCAAUUUACUAUCAAGCAGUUCCAAACACUUAUUCUGAAAGUGCACCAGUUACUGUUAAUCCUGUUGAACCUGUAACAUUUUAUGACCUUCAAGGCGGAGGAGCAACUUCUGUGCCUAUUGCUGUUGGUACAGAAGCUACUCAGUUGUACAGUGAAGCUGGCACUAUAACAUACAAUACUCUUGCUUCAAGUCAAAUUCGAUUCGAUGAUGAACUUGCAGUUGCAGGACCUGGUGUGAGAGGCAAUGUUCCUACUGGUAGUGAUAAGACUGAAGUAGCAUCAGCGGGGAUCUCUUCUACUUUGGCCACUAUUGAAGCUCCUGCAACCAUUUCUAUUAAAGAAAGUUUUGCUGCAGCUGCUGCUGCUGCUGCAUCCGCUGCAGUUGCAGCUUCAUCAUCAGGUCCAAAGGUUUCAUCUAAAGCUGCGCGAACUAAAAAGCGGACAGUUGCUGCCACAUCCUCCUUGAGGUCUAAUAAGAAGGUCUCGAGUUUGGUGGAUAAGUGGAAAGCUGCCAAAGAGGAACUGCAUGAGAAUGCAGAAGAUGAGCCAGAAAAUCCCUAUGCGAUGUUGGAAAGAAAGCGACAACGGGAAAUAGAGGAAUGGCGUGCCCAGCAAAUUGCCAGUGGAGAGGCUAAAGAUAAUGCAAAUUUUCAGCCUUUGGGUGGUGAUUGGCGUGAGAAAGUAAAGCGGAGGAGAGCACAACAGAAGGCCAAAGAAGCUGCAGAGACUCCCGCAGAGGUGGUUCCUGAUGGAAACGAACAACCUGAUUUAGAUGAACUGUCAAGAGAUCUUCCUUCUGGAUGGCAGGCUUAUUGGGAUGAAACUUCGAAACAGGUCUAUUAUGGGAAUGUCAACACCUCAGAGACAACUUGGAUUAGACCAACAAAAUAAAUUUGAGAUGCACCAUCAGUUUUUCUUGUUUUCAUUCAUUGAGUUGAAUCAAUGUAGUAUUUCACGUAUUUUUUCGCCCUCUUCAUUCAUACGGGUUUUACCCAAAUGUAUAUCUUUCUAGAGGCAGAUUAGGAAUAGGAAUGAAUCAGGCAUUUUUCCCUAAUGGCAGAGACCAGAGAGCUACAAUCUUGUACUAGUCAUUAUUAGUUUGUUUUAAGGGUUUCUUUUUUAUGGUCCA